UUCAACAUGGUUCAAAUUUAAGAUAUUUCAAUCUAAAUAUCGAACGCCAAUUUAGAAAAUCGACAAAAGUUGGGAAAAUAGAAAAGACUUUCCUCACAAAACAACCCAUUAAUCAAAUAUGAAAUUGCCCUUCAUUUUUUUCAUCUUUUCUCUCUGUUUCUACAACUUUGACUGCAGCUGAUCAGUUUUCACCGGCGAUAUCUCUCUUUUCCGGCACAAAAUCCGGCGAGUUCAGAGCUCGGAAAAACUUUUUCAUUUGGCAAGAUGGAGAUACCAGCCCCUUCAAUUUUAUGUAACCUCUUUGCUAUUGUGUUGAUCCUACAUUUACUAGAUACAUCAGUGUGUGAACCAAGAUCGCAGACCGCCACGAUCUUAUGUAACACUCAACUCCUGCAUAAUUGGACAAUUUAUGUCCGAAACUUUGUUGCAGCUAUGGAAACUGUAAGCCAACAAAUGAGAAAUGGAGGAUAUGGAGUUGCAGUUUCUGUCACUGAACCAGAUACUAGCUAUGCACUUGCCCAAUGCUAUGGUGAUCUUUCUUUACCCGACUGUGCCUUAUGCUAUGCUGAAGUGCGAACAAUUUUGCCCCAGUGCUUCCCUCAUAACGGAGGGCGAAUUUAUCUUGAUGGAUGCUUUGUGCGAGUGGAGACUUACACGUUCUAUGACCAGUAUUUAGGCCCAGAGGAUAUGCAUGUAUGUGGAAACAGGACGAUAAAGGGUACAUUGUUCCAACAGAACGCUAGGCGAGCCAUUCAGCAAGCAGUUGUAAAUGCACCGACUAAUAAUGGCUAUGCACGUGCUCAAGUGUCAGGGCCAGGUCCUUCUAAUGCGACAGCUUAUGUUCUCACUGAUUGCUGGAAGACGCUGAGCGCAAACUCCUGUGCAGCGUGUUUGCGAAAUGCAUCUGAAUCCAUGUUGGGAUGCUUACCUUGGUCAGAAGGUAGAGCUCUUUACACCGGAUGCUUCAUGAGAUAUUCUGAUACAAAUUUUCUAAAUGCUACUUCUACCAGUAGUGGCUCGUCAUCAAGGGAUCACCACAUUGCAGGAAAAGUUGUAGUCAUUGUUGUUCUUAGCUCCGUUGUCGUUUUGGGAGUAGCUGUUUUUAUUGGUUUUGGUGUCUGGAAGAACAAACAAAUCCAGAAGAAGAGAAAAGGUGCAGCUGAUGUUGAGAAGUUAGUGAAGACCCUUCAUAAAAACAACUUGAACUUCAAGUAUUCGACACUUGAAAAAUCCACGAGGUCAUUUGAGGAGGCCAACAAGCUCGGGCAAGGUGGAUUUGGCACGGUUUAUAAGGGUGUUUUGGCAGAUGGGAAAGAGAUCGCCGUCAAAAGGCUGUUCUUCAACAACAAACACAGAGCUGCAGAUUUUUGUAACGAGGUUAACAUAAUCAGUAGCAUCCAGCACAAAAAUUUGACAAGGUUAUUGGGCUACAGCUGCUCAGGACCGGAAAGCCUACUUGUAUACGAGUUACUCCCUAACCAGAGUCUGGAUCGUUUCAUAUUUGACCCUAUCAAAGGUAAAGCUCUAAACUGGGAGAAGAGAUUUGAGAUAAUUAUAGGGACAGCAGAAGGAAUGGUAUACCUACACGAGAACACAAAUACACGAAUAAUUCACAGAGACAUUAAGGCAAGCAACAUCCUGUUGGACUCGAGGCUCCGUGCAAAGAUUGCUGAUUUUGGAUUGGUCAGGUCAUUCCAAGAAGACAAGAGUCACAUAAGCACUGCCGUUGCUGGCACCUUAGGAUAUAUGGCUCCAGAAUACUUAGCACGCGGUCAGCUAACAGAAAAGGCAGACGUUUACAGCUUUGGAGUUCUUCUACUAGAGAUUGUUACUGGAAGACAAAACAACAAGAGAAAUAACAAUGAAUAUACAGUCAGCUUAGUUUCCGAUGUGUGGGAGCAUUAUAAACGCGGGAUGGUGGAGGAACUCUUCGAUCCAAAUCUCAUGUUGCAUAACUAUCAUACUAUCAAUGUAAGAAAUGAGGUUGCGAGAGUGUUACAUGUGGGACUUUUGUGCACUCAAGAGAUCCCAACGUUACGUCCAUCCAUGUCUAAGGCAUUACAAAUGUUCAUCAAGAAAGAUGAAGAGUUGCCUCCUCCUACUAAGCCGCCAUUCGUGGAAGAGAAACCCAUUGAAACUCACAACCCUCAGGAGAAGUACUCGAUAAAAGAAGGCGCUUUUGCUACGAUUGCCAACUUAUCUCACAGUUCAUUUUACCCCAGAUGAUGAUAUCCCAAUGCCCUGAAACUGAAGUAUAAAUUAUAGGCAUGAAACUGAAGUAUAAAGUAUAGGCAUGAAACUGAAGUAUAAAUUAUAGACAUGAUACAUGUAUAGACACUUUAAAUUGACCUCAACUGGCAACUAACACUCCAACAUGAUCUAAAUAUUCUUAUAUUGUUUGGAAUCUAGUGUGGAUCUUAGACACUUCUGCUUGCUAGUGAUGGUGAAGAUAUUUUGUAAUGGUUAUGGUGUUGGUGUUGGUGUUGGUGUUGUUAGUGUCUACUAAUGAUGAUGGUGCAUGAUAGUUGUGAUAACAGAGGUGGUUGUUGUUGUGGUGGUGACUGUCAUUGGUAGUGGCGUUAGUGGUUGUAAUGGUGGAGUUGGUUGAUAUUUUUCUUGUGGCAUAAUACAUAAAUAUACCCUUUAACUUAGUCUCA